GAUGAAGGUAUGUGGAUUGGAAUUGUAAGAGUUUAAUCAUAAUCAAAAAUCAAUUGUAGUUCAACCAAAAUCCUUAUGUUGUGCUGCACCUGCUAAUGCCAUACAUAUGCAUAAGUAGAUUAAUAAAUAUCCAAUCAUUGUUACACUGCCAAGCUAGAUGAGUCCCAAGAGCAAACAGGAAGAGUAGGUUGCCCCAAAUGCAGAGGAGAUGGUAAUGAAACUUCUGCAACACACAUUCAAGAUCUGUGUCCUGCAGAUCGAAAGAAAAUCACACAACUCAUUUCUGAACUUGCAAGAUGCACGCAAGAAAAACAUAGAGUAGCAGCUGACCUUGCAGUCAGUACGGCGGAGAAUGAAGCCUUACGGAAUCAGUACCAACUAUUGAACAAUCAGUACGAAGAUGAUAAAAACAAGUUAAGAUCGCAGCUAUCACAUAAAAUGACUGAAAUGAGCAAGCUUAAACUACAGACGUCCCAUUCGUUAAAACUUCUAACAGAACAAAUAAUGGCGUUGGAAAAUCAGUCCACGAGAUUAAUUGAAACUGUCAAAGAUUUGCUCAAUGACAAGAUAUUCCUGGAAGAUGCAUUAGUCAAGCAACAAAUGAAAACACAAAUCCUUGAAGCUAAAAUAGAUAAAAUAAAAAAAAGCGAUGAUAUAGAGAAGCUACUGUUCGAGAAUCAGCUAAUGAAAAAUCAAUGUCCUCAAAAGUGCGAUAGAGACUGUCAAACUGAAAAGGCACAUUUACAUGCUACAGAAGCAGGACCCAGAUUGAACAUGUUUGAUGUAAAUUCAGAGUCACUUGGACCUUUGAGAAAUACCCAGGUGAAAAGCAAACAUGAUUUAGAUGAACCUACCUUAGAAGGGAUACUAUUACGAGAACUCUUUUUCAAACAUCCAAGCAUAGACGAAAACGAAGGAUUGGUUCUGUUUCCGAGAUUGCCAAGGCACUGA